AUGGCAUCCAGGGCGAACAAAAACCACGAUGAUGAUGCAUCAUCAACUUCUUCACCUAUACACAGUCCUUAUAAUUUACGUCGUAAUCAUUCACAACCUGGUGGUGUGACAAAAAAAAAUAGUUUUGCUCGAUCAAAACACGCUACUCGUGAUGCUGGUGUUCAUACAUCAAGUUCCAGAACAAGUUCAAUCACAUCACAAGUUGCAUCGAGUCAACCACAACAUUCAACACUAUCAUAUGCUGCAUCUAGUCAAUCACAACGUUCAACACCAUCAUAUGCUGCAUCUAGUCAAUCACAACGUUCAACAUCAUCACGUACUGCAUCUAGACGAUCACAACGUUCAGCAAGUGACGACGACGAGAUUAUCGCAGACAAUAAUGCUACUGACAUUGAACUUUCUGAUGAUAAACCGGAAGCUAUAGCUGCUGCAAGAAAAUUAGAACGACAAGAAAACAAAUUACCACCAGUAAAGGAUUAUUUACAAUAUGUGGAUGAAAAUACUUAUUUAUGCAAAAAAUGCACGAGACCCAUCAAGAUUUCCAACUACAGCGAUGCAAAUCUUCGCAGUCAUCUUGGGCGAGCGCAUCACAAGGAACAUUUAUUAUUUCCAUCCCAACGUAUUCAAGCUAUGUCAAACUUAAAAUCAAUCAAACCAGAAAUGAAACGUGAACUUGACCAGGCCGCAAUCGACUGUAUUAUAACAGACGGUCGUCCAUUCGGUGACUUCAGGCGUUGUGGUAUGCUGAAAUUUCUCAAUAAAAUUUGUUUCGGAUAGCAAUUUAAGAAGUCACACACUUCGGAAAAUACUAAAAAAUACAUUCGUUAUGAAUUUCAACGUUUAAAUAUUGAAGAUAAAGUUUGUGCAAUUGUUGGUGACAACGGCAGUGAUGUCAAGAAGGCGUUAAAUGAAUUAAUGCCCGGUAAACGAUUUUCUUGCACAGCUCAUCUACUCAAUUUAGUAGUGAAAGUUGGUUUAGGAUUAUGGGACAAAGCAAAGAAAAAAAAAAGUACUCAACAACUACACACAACAAGUGAAGUAGUUAAUCGUAAUCGCGAAGACGAUGAAUUAUCAUCAGAUUCUGAUUAUGUUGACAUACCUGAUGAAUUAGAAGAUGAAGAGUAUGAUGAAGAUGCACAAACAAAUGGUCAUUUAUCUGGCAGUGAUGAUGGGUCGUAUGAUACCGGUAAUUAUGUUAAUGAAGAUGAAGACGAUUGUGAAUCAGAUAACAACACUGAUAAUGAAGAACAAAAUGAUAAUGAUGAUCAAUUAAUAGAUUUACAAAAUAUUCGUGCACAAACUCGACGAUUGGUUGAUCGAAUAUGUGAUUGCAUCAGCAACAUUAAUUCUGCACGUGCUAUUAUUGAUUAUGUUCAACGGCAAGAAAGAAUUCAUGAUCCACAAAUAACAUCUGAAGUUGUAACUGAUAUAGAAAUUCGAUGGAACACAACCUUUACAAUGUUACAUCGAUUUAUAGGUCAUCAAUCAAUCAUCGAUGAUAUCAACAGAAGACCAUUCAAAAUUCCAGACAUUAGUCAUAAUCAACAACUAAAACUUGGUUCAAAGAAGUUUGAAUUUACCAAUGGCGAUUGGAUUUCAUAUGCUUUACGUUUUUUUCUUAUAAAACCAGACCCAAAUCAAUCACCUGAGCUCAAGUUCAUAAAACAAUGUCUAUUGAAAAAAAUUGAAUUUGUACUUCGGCGAAAAAAUGGAACAACAUCAAAAGAAUCUCAUGCAUCUCCUUGUGGUCCAUUUCAAGGAUAUGAACUAGUUGAUAAAUAUGUCAGAACUGAAUUUCAAGUUCGUGGUUCACCACAUGUUCAUGCUUUAUUGUGGUUAAAGAAUGUUCCAAAAUAUGACAAAAAUAAUCCUGAAUCAAUUGAAAGAUGUGUAGAAUUUAUUGAUAAAUUGAUUUCGGUUAGUUCUCAGCCAACGGAAUUUUCUGAAGAACUUAUUAGUUUACAACGUCAUAAGCACUCACAUACUUGUAAACAACAUGUAAACGGUUGUAUAAUAUGUCGUUUUGGUAUUUCAUAUUUUCCGAUGAGUAAAACGAUGAUAUUAGAACCAUUUAGUAAUGAUGAAAAGCUCUCUAAAAAAGAACGUGACGAGAUAAGUAAGAGUAGACAAAAUGUAAAAGAAGAGCUCGACAGAAUAUCAAAAGAUAAAGAUACUUCAUUAACUUUUGAAGAAUUUUUGACAAAAAUUAAUAUGAAUGAAGAACAGUAUAUUAAAAUGAUUCGAGCUGGAUUGAAAAAGGCGAAAGUAUUCUUAAAACGUGCUUCAAAUGAGACCCGAAUCAAUGGAUACAAUCCAAUGAUAAUGUCAUUGCAUAGAGCAAAUAUGGACAUUCAAUAUAUUCUUGAUCCUUAUGCAUGCUUAAAGUACUGUGUUGAAUAUAUUAACAAAUCUGAAAAUGGAAUGUCUAAGCUUCUAAGGGAAGCAUUGAACGAGUUAAAAAAAGGCAAUCACACAGUCAAAGAACGUCUUAGAGUUAUUGCAAAUAAGUUUUUGAAUUCAAGUGAAAUUUCAGCACAAGAAGCUGUUUAUCAUAUUUUAAGUAUUCCACUUUCUGUCAGUAGCAGGAGUACUGUAUUUAUUAAUACAAAUAGACCCGAAAAUAGAAUUUCUAUGCUAAAAUCAGAUGAAAUUCUUCAGAAACUGGAGCCUGAUUCAAAAGAUGUUUUUGUUGAAGGUUUAAUUGACAUAUACAUUAAUAAACCAGACGAAAUGAAAGAUGUUUGUUUGGCUGAUUUUGCUUCCUUGUAUAAUGUGUCAAAGAGAAAAACAGAUAAUGCUCCAGUUGCAGAAAAUUCUGAUGAUGAGGAUGCUACUGAAAAUGAAAAUAAUGAAAAACUUGCUGCUUUCCGAAUGAAAAAUGGAAAAGGUUGGAUCAAAAAAAGAACAAAGAAAAAAAUAAUAAGAUAUAGAUACUUUAAGUUACACCAAGAUCCUGAAAACUACUACAGAGAGCAGUUGAUGCUAUUUUUACCAUGGAGUAAUGAAGAAGAAGAUCUUCUUUCUAUAAAGCAUGAAGAGACAUUUGAAUUACAUAAAGAUAUAAUUCAACAGAAAAGAUCUGAAUAUGUUCAUCGUGAAGCCAGUGAAUUUGAGAAAGCUUUUGAAGAGCAUAUGGAAAGAGAAGAUGAGAAUGAUAUUGAGGAUACAAAUAUUGAAUAUGAUCAAGAUAAGAAUGAAUUCCUCAUUUAUGAAAUAGAAAACAAUGAAGGCGAUAUCUUUGUUGAAAUUGGACUAAAGACCCAAACUGAAAAAGUUGAGAAUUUUAAUGUUCCUAAAGUAAUACCAGAUACAGAAUAUCAGCAAAUGAUGAGAAGUCUCAAUAAUAAUCAAAGAAGAUACACAUUGAAUGUGAUGAAUUUGAUAAAAAAUGGAGAUAAGCAAUUUUUUCAUUUUAUUAAUGGUGGUGCAGGCGUUGGGAAAAGUACUUUGAUCAAAGCAAUAUAUCAGUCGGUACUGAGAUUUUAUAAUUCUCUUCCUGGAUGUAAUCCAGAAACUAUUCGUACUGCACUCUGUGCGCCAACUGGUAAAGCUGUAGCACUAAUUGAUGGAAUGACUUUACAUUCAUUUUUAAGUUUACCAGUUAAUCAAUGCAAACAUAAACUCGUUCAAUUAAAUAGUGAUAUUUCGAAUAGAAUAGGAGUGAAAUUGAAAGACUUGCAAUUAUUAAUAAUUGACGAAAUAUCAAUGGUUGGUUUUACAAUGUUUCAACACAUCGAUGCACGUUUGCAGCAAAUAAUGAGAACAAAAAAGCCAUUUGGUGGAAUAUCAGUCAUGGUUUUAGUGGAUAGUUCAUUAUGGUCAUUAUUUGAAUUGUUCGAAUUGACAGAAAUAAUGAGACAAAAGGAUGAUAAAACUUUUGCCAUUGCAUUAACUAAUUUAGCUAAAGGAACGAUGACAGCUGAAGAUAUUCAUCUGUUACAGUCACGAAUUGUUUCAACUGAAAAUUUAGAAACCAUUGGAGAUGCAAUAAGAAUAUUUAGAAGUAAUGCUGAAGUUGAUGCAUAUAAUAGAAUAGUAUUGUCUAAGCUCAAUACCGAAGGUGCAAUCGCUAAUGCUUAUGAUUAUUGUGUUGGAGAUGGACUUCUAUCAAUAAGAGAAAAAGUUCUAAAUAAUGUAAAGAAUCUGAAAACAACUGAAACGUACGGUUUACCACUUGAAAUUGAUUUGAAAGUGGGCGCUAAGUAUAUGAUGACAGUGAAUAUUGAUAUUGAAGAUGGAUUAGUAAAUGGUGCUUGUGGAAAAUUGAUAGCGAUUGAUUAUGGAAAACUUCAAAAGACAAAUGAGAGAGUACCAUGUCGAUUAUGGAUUAAAUUUAGUGAGGAAAAGACUGGAAGAAAAGCUAGAGCUAACUUUCACAACGUAAUGCGAAAUAGAAAUAUUGAUCUCAGUCUCACACCAGUUGAACCAGUAGUACGACAAAUAAAUACAAGAUCAACUAAUUUCAAAGUAGAACGUAAACAGUUUCCUUUAGUUCCUUGUGAAGCUAUGACUAUAUAUAAAAGUCAAGGUGGUACUUAUGAAAAAGUCGUUGUCAAUCUAAAGAAAGGGAUGACAAGAUCUGAAUUAUAUGUCUCUUGUAGUCGUGCAACAAAAUCAAUUGGUUUAUAUUUAAUUGGCGAUUUUGUUCCACCAAAACCACCUGAACCUAAAGAUGCAGUAGCGAUGAUGUUUAAAAAUAUGAGAUCUGAACGAAUGCUCAAAUUUUCACUUGAAUUUCCUGAAGAAUCUCAAGAAGAAAGAUUUUUCGUGAUGUUUCAUAAUGUACAAUCGUUGAAUAAACAUAUUUUCGAUGUCAGAUCUGACAAAACAUUUUUAUCUGCUUCCAUGAUAAGUCUUGUUGAAACAUGGACAAAACCUAGUGACUCAUUGGAGAUUGAAGGUUUUAAAAUAAUUCACAGACGUGAUUGCAAUGAUAUACGAAAACCAUUCGGUCAAAUUACUUAUUUAAAAAAUGAUUUGAAAUAUGAAAAUAUCACCGAAAAAUAUGAAUAUUCAGGCAAAAACCAUAUUGAAUAUUCCUCAAUAAAAAUUGAUGAUAUUUGUAUUAUUUCCGUUUACAAUUCACCAAAUUCAUCAUUUGCGGUCUUAAAGCGACAUAUGAAAGAAGUUAUAACUAUUUCAAAACGAUUUUGUGAAGACCUAAUUGUCGUUGGUGAUUUUGAUAUAAAUUUGAAAGUCAAAACCAAUAACAAAUUUAUUGAAUAUAUGAAAUCAUUCGGAUUUAAUUUGAUAAAUAAAUAA